AUGUCUCUCUUCGCCAAGCGCGCCGUCGCCGGCAGCAGCCGUGCCAUCACUACCGCCAACAAGGCCGCCCUCCUCGCCGCCCGCAAUGGAGCUACCCGCGCCUACUCGACGCCCGUCGAGAGCUCCGGUGUCUCGUUCGGCCUGAACGAGGACCAAGAGGCUUACCGCGAUCUCGCCCGCAAGUUCGCUCGCGAGGAGAUCAUUCCUAAUGCGCGCCACCACGACCAGACGAUGGAGUACCCUACCGAGAUCCUCAAGAAGGGCUGGGAAGUAGGACUGCUGAACACGCACAUCCCCGAGGCGUACGGUGGACCCGGUCUCGGGCUCAUGGAGUGUGCGCUGAUCUCUGAGGAGCUCGCGUUCGGCUGCUCGGGCAUUCAAACCGCUAUGGAGGCCAACGGCCUCGCUGAGGCGCCUCUGCUCGUAUCCGCCUCGCACGAGAUCAAGCAAAAGUACCUCGGCCGCAUGACCGAGGAGCCCCUCAUGGCCGCCUACUGUGUCACGGAACCCGGUGCCGGUUCCGACGUGGCCAAUAUCGCCACCAAGGCCGAGAAGCAGGGCGACAAAUGGGUGAUCAACGGCAGCAAGAUGUGGAUCACCAACGGUGGUCAUGCCAACUGGUACUUUGUGCUCGCUAAGACCGACCCUUCCGCCAAGGCGGCCAAGUCGAUGACUGGUUUCGUCGUUGAUGCUGACACGCCCGGUAUUCACGUCGGUAAGAAGGAGAUCAACAUGGGCCAGCGUUGCUCCGACACGCGCCAGAUUACGUUUGAAAACGUGGUGGUGCCGGAGGAGAACGUCCUCGGCAAGCCCGGUGACGGAUUCAAGACUGCCAUGGGAGCGUUUGACAUUACGCGUCCGCUGGUGGCCGCUGGCGCCGUCGGUUUGGCCCAACGCGCCCUGCACGAGGCCGCCAUCUACGCCCAAGACCGCAAGACCAUGGGCAAAGCCAUCAUCGACCACCAGGCCAUCGCCUUCCUCCUCGCCGACAUGCAGAUGAACGUCGAAGCCGCGCGCAACCUCGUCUGGAAGAGCGCCUGGGCCAAGGACCAAGGCCAGCGCAACAGCUUCUGGGCCUCCAUGGCCAAGUGCCGCGCCGGCGAAGCUGCCAACCAGAACGCCGACGGCGCUGUGCAGAUCUUCGGUGGUCUGGGCUUCAACACCGAGUCCCCUGUCGAGAAGUUGUACAGAGACGCUAGGAUCUUCCGCCUCUACGAGGGCACCGACCAGAUCCAGAGGCUCAUCAUCAGCAGGCAUAUCAAGGAGUUGUGGGCCCAGUAA